AUGGAGGAGGUGGCGUCAGACUCGUCGGUGGUCAGCGAGGUGGUAGAGAUGGCUGAAGAGGACGAGGAGGAGGAGAUCGAAGAAAUCGAGGAGGAAAUAAUGGAAGAAGAAAUCGAAGAAAUGGAAGAGGAGGUCGAGGAGGGGGCUGAAGAAGCCUACCCCACGAUCAGUUACAAGUCCAAAUCAAGCGUUGGCAAUACCGCAUCAUCCACAUCAACACAGAAAUCACCAAAAUCUUCGUCGGCUACCCAACGCUCGCCAUCGACAGCCGUGACUGCCAAGGCCUCAUCCUCAUCUUCUACGACGAUGCUGGAGGGCUCCAACAUCCACUUUUCGGCCGAUGGCAAGAAGCUGUGCAGUCACAGCACCAAGGUGUGCAAGCAGCGGCGCAUGGAGGGCCGCGGCUUCUGCAUCAAGCACAUCCUCGAGGACCCCACCUCGGGCUUCCAGCAGUGCGAGUACCUGUGCAAGAAGAAGGGCAACCGCCGCUGCACCAACCCCAUCCUGGGGCUGCAGCCGCGCACGGCGGCCAAGCGCGGGCAGGGCAAGGCCGGCGGCGCCGGCGGCAAGUCGCGGGCCGACCUCCGCUCCAACAAGGGCGCCCACACGGCGCUCAUGAGCGUGCUGGCCAAGCACGGCAUCCCCGAGAAGAGCCCCAAGCGCAAGGGCGCCACCACGCCCAACGCCAAGAAGAUCAAAUCCGAGGAGACACAGUCGGCAGGUGCGGCUGAGGAGGAGGAGUCGAGCGACGAGUUCCCGUCGGACGAGGAGGAAAACGGGGAGGAGGCCGAUGUGGAGAGCGGGUCGGAGGACGCGAUCAGCGACCUCGAUCGCGAUUACGACAACGACGCCUUCAUUCCCGACAGCUUCCUCUGGCACCUCGAGCACGACAGCGCCCCCGAGUCCGAUCCACUGCAGGACCAGCAGGUGCUGACCGAAGAGGAGCUGCUCCAACGACGCAAGGCGAAGGUCCUCAAGCUGCUUCAACUCUACAAACUGCAGUACUAUCGCCUCCAGGACAACCUGCAAUCGACGUACGAGCUCUACAACAAAAAGGUGGCGCUGGAGCGGGAGAAGAUGGGCCUGGCGGGCGAGGGCAAGCGACAUCAUGGAAAGGGCGUGAUCGACAAACGCAACAAGCCAAAGCAGGGCCAGAAGCAGGAGGAUCAGCUGCGAGCGCUGUACAUUCACUCGAAGGAGGCCAAGGUCAAGCUGGACGACACCAUCGGCUACUGCCACGUGCCCGAAUGUCGGCUACGAGCCCUCGCCCCCUCCGACUUCUGCCGCACCCACAUCUUGCGGGACCCGCAGCAGCAGCUGUACAUCGGGUGCACCUACGCCAAGGGCGAGUGGCACGCGGCUCGCGGGCACACGUGCGGUCAGCCCAUCCUGCGAACGACGCAGCCGCCGCUGUGCGACGCGCACAUGGACGCCAGCGCCGAGCAGCAGGAGCUGGCCGCCGCGCUGGCCUCCCACAAGAAGAAGAACAACAACAAGAAGCGCAAGGCGAGCCAGCUCCUCGAGGAGCGGGACAAGGACAAGGCCCGCGAGCGCGAGAGCAAGACGUCGGCCAGAAAGAAGUCCGCCGGCAAAGGAAAGAGGAAGGAGACCAACAACAACAUCAACAAGACGGCGACGGCGACGGCGGACUGGAUGGGGAUCACGAGCCAGAACGCGAGUCAGUUCCCGCUGGCGCUGGUGCUGGCCAAGGUGGACCACAACGUGGGCAUCAUCCAGGAGAAGCGAGGCCUGCUGCUCGACGAGGAGAACAAGAGGCGGCAGCAACAGCAGCAGCAGCAACAAGAAGACUCAGACGACGUAGAGGAAGAAGCCACUGCUGCCUCGUGA